AGCAUAUAUCUUCAACUUUUCCACAAUCUUUACUGUGUAUACUGAAAGCCCACUACAGCACUUUCUAUUUUCUGCUCUCUCUCUUUCCAUCAAUGGCGUCUUCCUCUCAACUCCUGGCGUCUUUCCUUCUCCUAACAUCGCUUUCUCUAUUCUCACCGUCACAGUCGGCCACCUGCACAUCGCAGACCUUCACCGGCAACAGGCUCUACACUUUCUGCAACGACCUCCCCUCCCUGAACUCCUACCUCCACUGGGCCUACGACUCGGCCCAGUCCACCCUUUCCAUAGCGUUCGUCGCCGCCCCGCCCAGUCCCGACGGAUGGGUUUCAUGGGCCAUCAACCCGACUGCCACCGGCAUGGUGGGCUCGCAGGCCCUCAUCGCGUUCAGGGAUCCCAGGGGUGGAAUGACCGUUAAGACAUACAACGUCUCGACUUACGGCCCGUUAACGGAGUCCAAGGUUUGGUACGAGGUGAAGGAAUCGUCGGCGGAGUUUUCCGGCGGGGUUAUCAGGCUUUUUGCAACCAUAGUGUUGCCGGAGAAAGGGAGGACGACAGUGAACCAAGUAUGGCAGGUGGGUCCCUCCAUCACCGGCGGGGUGCCUGAUAAGCACGAGUUUCAGCCGGAAAACUUGAACUCUAAAGGUAGCCUUGAUUUAUUGAGAGGACAAAGCACUGCUGGCGCCGGCGGUAACUCUAGAACCAAGAAGAGAAAUAUUCAUGGAGUACUAAACGUUGUUAGCUGGGGGAUUAUGUUUCCAAUCGGUAUCAUCAUUGCAAGAUACCUGAGGACGUUUCCUUCUGCCGAUCCUGCCUGGUUUUAUCUUCACGUUUUCUGCCAGGUUUCAGCGUAUGCCAUCGGAGUGGCUGGCUGGGGAACCGGUCUUAAGCUUGGCAGUCAAUCUAAAGGCAUUACCUAUUCUAAUCAUCGUAACAUUGGGAUUGCACUCUUUGCUCUAGCAACUGUGCAGAUAUUCGCCCUGUUGUUGAGGCCAAAAAAGGACCACAAGUACCGGUUUUACUGGAACAUCUACCACCAUGGAUUUGGAUACACGAUCAUCAUACUUGGCAUCAUCAAUGUGUUCAAAGGCUUCGAUAUAUUGAAGCCAGAGGCCAAGUGGAGAAACGCAUACAUCAUCGUGAUUGCCGUUCUUGGAGGGAUUGCCUUGUUGUUGGAAGCCAUCACAUGGAUUGUCGUUCUACGGAGGAAGAAGUCGAGCGAGUCGACGAAGCCCUACGACGGUUUCAACAACGGACAUAGCAGGCAAGAACGUCUGGCUCCAUGAUCAACAUCCAUCACUUUCCCUCACUUUCUUGACGUGACAACCGGCCCGGCCAGAUCUUCUACUGCAAAUCGGUACUACAUCUCAUAAUAUCUAUAUCAUCCUGCAUAUAUGCACGCCACGUGUAUAAGGUAUUUCUCUAUAUAUACAAAUGACGUGGAUUUAUACAUAUGGCCGACAUAUAUGAAGUGUAAUAUGAGAUGAAAUACCCUUCUGCAAUAGAAAAUACUAAGUUGGCGCUGCCGCAGUCGACCGUUUUCCUCCCUUUACUUCCAUGUACAAAUAGCUUUCGUGAUUAGUGUGUCAUACCGCAUAUACAUACGAACUCGAGUUCAUUAUUAUUUAAAGUUUGUACUAUGAUGAUUUAUCUAGUUCAAUGGUGUGUUUAAGGUAAGAUACAUAUGCAAAUGCCGGUUUGAAUAGGUGAAUGAAUCAAGGCUGGCAACGUUCAAAACUCCUGCUUGUAUAAUGUAUGUCUGAAUAUAAGUAUAGAUAUGAGAUGGGUUGUCACUGGGCACAUGCUGGCCUUUAUUAGUUUGCAA